GUGCCACCGGUGCCAAACUACAAGCUCUCCAUGUCGAUCCCAGAAUGGCUCCAGGCAAUACAGACCUACAUGAAGAUGCUGCAAUACAAUCACACAGGAACACAGUUCUUUGAGAUUAGAAAGAUGAGACCUCUAAGUGGGUUAAUGGAGACAGCGAAAGAAAUGACCAGGGAGUCCUUACCUAUCAAAUGCCUUGAAGCAGUUAUCCUGGGGAUAUACCUAACGAACGGGCAGCCCUCUGUAGAACGAUUCCCCAUCAGCUUUAAAACCCACUUCUCAGGGAACUAUUUUCAUCAUGUGGUGCUCGGGAUUUACUGCAACGGCCGGUAUGGCUCCCCCGGCGUGGGACUUUUGGGCAUGAGCAGACGAUCAGAUCUGAUGGACAAGCCUCUGACUUACCGAACUCUGAGUGACCUCAUCUUUGAAUUUGAAGACUCCUAUAAAAAGUACUUGCAUUCAGUCAAAAAAGUAAAAAUUGGAUUAUACGUCCCACACGAGCCACACAGCUUUCAGCCCAUCGAGUGGAAACAGCUGGUCCUCAAUGUAUCCAAAAUGACGCGCACAGACGUCAGGAAGGAGCUGGAGAAGUUUGCCCGGGAUAUGAGGAUGAAGAUUCUGAAACCCUCAAGUGCCCAUUCUCCGAUGAAAGAGAGAUCACGGGGCAAGUCGUUGUCCCCUCGCCGAAGGCAAGCUAGCCCUCCGAGACGGGCGUGCAGAAGAGACAAAUCGCCUGCAGUGGUGGACAAGAAAGGAGACCUGGCCACGCUCAACGAGGUAGGUUACCAGCUCCGCAUCUAACGAAGCCAUACGCCAAACAGAGGGCUUCCCUGGUGCUUCCUGCUGCACUUUACCUGCACUCCGUUGGAAGGAAAAAGGAAUGGGACUAUUUAUUAACUUGUGGACGCUUAUAAUCAAUAUCUUACCUAGAAAAUAGAAGGGGGGAAUUUUUUUUGGUGGCAGUAUUUAUUUUCUUUCAAUUUAUAGAAAAGGCGUCAGUGAAGAGAACCCCUCCAUGUAGCAGGUGACUCCAGU